AUGAUAUUGCUGUGGAACAGUUCUUUACAGAAGAAAGCAAGUGAUCUUCAUGGUGACACCUGGAAUAUUGAAACUGAUCAGACUAUUGUGGAAAACAGUCUAGCUCCUAAUUGGCACCAGUACAUUUCUGGCUCCUUUGCAGAUUUCAGGUGUUCUCUUUGUAGAAGAACCUGGGGGUCUAGUAGAGUGCAGGUGGUGUUUCAUUUCCAUCUGAACACAGCAAGCAGACAGGGAAUCUUUACACUACGAUGCUACAAACAGGAGUGUAGGACGUGCAAUGAAGCUCAGUGGGAGGAUCCAAACUUCCCAGUAGAGAACAUUGAUGUGCUAGUUGAGAGACUGGUUAAAAAGAUCCGCAGGAAAUGCUAUGGAGAAGACCUGGGUCAAACGAACAGAUCCUCAGUGUUUGGUGGAAGAUUUAAUGGGCCACAUGAAAGUGCUCACUGUGAAGCCUGUCGGCUUGGCAUCUGCAGUCAAGCCAACUGA